ACACUAAACCCAUCUCCUAUUUAUACGCUCUUUUGGUUUCUUUUCUCUGCAAAGUUAGAUUAGGUUUUUGUCUCUCCUUCAUUGAAGUAGCGUAACAUUAAAGUAAGCGGUAACAUUCCCGAAGAAUCUCUCUCUUUAGUUGAUAUGAGCCAACAAUGUACACAAGAUCCUCCACACAGGUUCUUCCACUGUCGAAACCCGUUCAAGAUUUUGUUUACGAAGAACAACAACGCUCGAUUAUCGCCAAAGCUUCUCUCACUGUUGAACAAUUUCGAGACUAACUUGAUGGUAUCGAUUAGAGAACUUAUACCGAAGGAUAAGAAUGAUAUCAUUAGUGUUUCUUGGAUGAUACAAGCUAUGGAGUCUCUUUGUGAGACACACAAGAGUAUCAGGACGCUCGUGACGGAUUUAGAGCUUCCAGUAUCGGACUUGGAGGAAAAUUUGAUUUAUAUCUACUCUGACAUUAGCUUGAACCUCCUUGAACUCUGCAACGCCUUCAUCUCUGAGAUAGAUCGUCUGAACCAUGGCAAUCUAUUACUCAAGUUUGCUUUUAGUAAGCUGGAGACAAACAACUGUUCAGAGGAAUUUUCGUUAUCGCAUCUUGACAGUUGGAAUCAGCACAUGGUUUCCAAGAACCGGAGAAUCGAAAACUGUGGCGCGGUUUUGAGUAGGCUUGUUGAAUCGAUGGAUCAUCAUCAUCUCUCCAAGAAGGCGAAGAAGAAACACUCUGCGGAAGGAAAAGUCCUCUUGCGAGCUCUAUACGCUGUAAAGGUCAAGACUUUAUACAUAUUCAGCGUGUUUGCUGCAGCGUUCUCGGGUUCUUCCAAGAAUCUCUUCUAUCUAAACAUUCCAAAGGAGGUGGAGGAACUUCCAUGGGCACAAGCUUUCAUGGAAUUGCAGAACAUGAUUAACCCAGUGAUCAAAAACACAUUCUUAUCAGACAAAUUCACGGUUAUAAAAGAUCUCGAGGCUGUUGAAACCGGUGUGAAGAAGCUUUACUCAGAGGUACAAGAAGGGUCAGUUCCUAUUUUGUUGGUGGAGCCAUUAAAGAAGUCAGUGAUAGAACUUUCGGAAAGGUUUGAGCUUGUCUCCAAGGAAACACGUUGCUUGUCGAAGAUGGUGAUCUCUGCCCGAGACGCAUUGUUCGAGAGCCUCUGGACGAAAUACGCUAAAGAGCUGGGAGUGGCAUUGCCACCGAUGGUUAAAAGUGUUAUGAUUUGUUUGUGAAUAGAGGAAACAUGUAAUUAUUAUGGUAGUGCUUUCGUUGAUGUUAAGUACAAAUGCAGAUAAAAAAAUGAGAUUUUAAAACGAAACAAAAUACUUAAAAAGUACUUUUAAGUGUU